GUGCGAGUUGUACCACGAUAGCAAGAGGUUGUGUCGCCGGUCCGCUCCCCGCGCCGACACGUUUUCGCUCGUUGCCACGGCAUUUGUUGGCAACUUUGAUUAGAUUUAUAUAUAUAUAUAUAUAUAUAUUAAACGAUUCUGAUAAUUUUAACCUAGCGAGGUUAGUAAAUGUUCCCUCCACCUGCAGUGCUUCUUCGAUUGUUUCAUGUUAUUUUUAACGGUUAAGGAGCAGCACCGUUUGUAAACACGUGAGUUUGUAAGUCGUGACAAGAGGCAAAGAACUCAACAGCAGUCUUCGUACCUUCCGGCUGUUUUGUUAUUACCCACAGAUUGGGAAUCGUCUUGACGACGUUAUUCCAAGAAGAAAGAAAGGUUUUUUUGCUGCCGUCCGCCUCUCUCGUCCCUGUCGAGUGCUUGGCUGACUAUAAAGAGAGAGAGAGAGAAAUCUGUCAGCGAGUGUCGUUAGCGAAGGAUUUUCUUCUUCACUGGAGAAGUUUGUGCAGCAGUAACGGCGAGUGUGAGGUAAAUGCACUUCUGAGAAUUCUCCCGCACGUUUCAUCUGGCGGGAGUCAGGUGUGCCCGACAUUCCUCACGCAGCUUCGACGAACGACGCCUCCAAUUUAUAAGUGUGCCUACAUACUCCCAAGAAAUCAGCACCCAAGAGUCUCCCCCCCCCCCCCCUACGUAUUUUCAAAAGGAAAGGAUUAUUUGUACUGGAAUAUCAGUCUGAAGACCCAAGAAAGAACCAGAACUAAUCAAGAUGGAUAAUAUAGCAUCUCUUCAGAAAAGCCUCUCAGAAUAUGAAGAGGAGUUCAAGGCUAAACGCCUCUCCUCAGAGCAGCUAAAUGAAGACAUGGAGAAGAUUUUUGAAACUCAAGAUGACGAGGAUUUUUCUAUUGCCAAACUGACCGAUUCAAGUGAACCUUGGUCACCUGGGUAUGAAGAUGAUACGCAGACUGCAGCUCGUGAUACUGAAGGCUCUCGCUUUCGGGAUUUGGACAUCAAGUUCCAUCGGAGUGAUAGCUUUCCUCAUGUUCAUCAUCCGCUUAAACCCCAACACCAUCGCGUUCGUAAGAGGAGCCAUCGCACAAGCGUCAGUGAGGAUGUUCCCACACCGUACACAAAAUUAGAUAACGAAGAACAGCAAAGUGAUAAGAAUGAUGAGGGAGGAGUUCGCUUUCAAAUUGGUGACCCUGAAGUACAAGAAGACUGGCCAGAGGGAAAAACAAGUGAAGCAGAAACACAAGAGAGCAAACCAACCCAACCUCCUUCUCCAAAGAGUCCCACAAAGAGCCCUAGCAAAACAUUUUACCUUGUGGAAUCUGCCGAUGAUGAAGAAAAAUCACCGUUACUGGGUGAUGAUGGAAAGCCUCCUAAGCCAAUCAUUCGAUCUGCAGAAAGUGAGCGAGUUCAGGUUGUUGACGAAACAUCUCGUAAGAAGUCCCGAGUCCAGUUUGAUAUUGGUGAGGCAGAGGACCAGCAGGAUUCAGACCACAAUAAAGAAAGACUUCGGCGCAGGCGCAGCCACAAGAGGAGAGAAAGGGAACAUGCCGAAGAUCCUUCGUGGCGUAAGCACCCUGGAAGUGAGCACAAUUUACGAUCCCACCGCUCCUUUGCAACAACUGAAGAAGAAGAAGCUAAAAAUCUUGGAGAACAUGAUUUGGAUGAGAUGUCCAGUCAUCGAUUCGAUGAUCCAAGUGGGUACAUCAAACCAAGAGUCAGGGCCCGUUCGUCUGUCGCAUCAAUCAUUCACAUGAGUGAUCAUGCAGAAAAGACCGGCAAGCAGUUGCCCAUUAUGAAGAAGUCUUACGAUCACAGUCCUCACGAGGUCUUUGUAGAACUGGAUGAGUUGAAAUACAUAAAUGGCCACUUGGAGUGGAAGGAGACUGCAAGAUGGAUCAAAUAUGAAGAAGACGUAGAGGAUGUCGACAACCGUUGGGGAAAGCCCCACUUAGCAUUUCUGAACUUCCAUGCACUCUUCUCUCUACGCAAGGGCCUCGAUUCAGGUGCCGUACUGCUCGACCUGGAGGAACGCGACCUCCCUAGCAUCGCCGCCAGGGUGGUCGAUAAGAUGAUCGCCUGCGAUCAGAUCCCACCGGACCAACGCGAUGCCGUAAUACGCGUCCUUCUCCUCAGGCACAGACACAUCCGCGAUAACCAUUCGUCCUUCAGGCUCCCCUCCCGUGGAUCCAAAAGUGCCCUUGCAAGCUCCGAUGAGAAGUUGGCGACGUCACCCACAUCCCUGAGUUUGGACGGCGGUAGCAGCCUCAGAGCUUCGGUGCGGAAAGCGGGCCUGUCCAACCUCUUCCACGUCAACACCUUCGCUGGAUUCCGCCGUCAGAACACCGAGGACAACAUCACCUCGAACGGAAAUGUCACGAAGGAACAAUCCCAAGACAAGAAAGAGAAAGGCGUGAACAGAGAAGAAAGCUACACACAGAUCGAUAUUGAGGACUUGUCUCCGAAAGAGAGGGAAGCGAGAGAAAGUGCGCGAAAAAACAGCGAACUGAUGAAGAAGAUCCCCGAAGGAGCCGAAGCCACAGCCGUUCUCGUAGGCGCCGUCGAUUUCCUGAAGCAGCCUACCAUUGCCUUCGUCAGGCUUGCAGAGGGCGUCAUGAUGGAUAACCUAGUUGAGGUUCCCAUUCCAGUAAGGUUCAUGUUUGUGUUGCUUGGGCCCUUCCAUGGCGAAAUGGACUACCAUGAGGUAGGGCGAUCCAUCUCCACUCUCAUGUCCGACAAGGGCUUCCAUGAAGUGGCCUACCGAGCACAUUCCCGUGGUCAGUUACUUUCCGCUAUCAAUGAAUUCCUCAACGCUUCCAUCGUUCUUCCACCUUCUGACUGGAACAACAAGGAUCUUGUUCCAGUCGAUGACAUCAGAGCCAAGGCUAAUCAGAUCAUGAAGAAGAAGGAAAGCAUGCGAGCACGCAAACAAUCAGAGCAAGGAGCAGCUGUGGCCCCAGUGUCUGCAGGUGAUGGAGAUGAUGGGGACAGAAAACCUCCUCCGCGUAAUCCACUCAUUCGCCAUGGCAAACCAUUCUAUGGUUUGAUUCAGGAUAUCAAAAUCCGUUAUCCGAAAUACCUGAGUGAUAUUAAGGAUGGCAUCAGUGGUCAGGUUUUAGCAUCUGCCUUUUUCAUCUUCUUUGCUUGUCUGUCUGCGGCCAUCACCUUCGGUGGCAUGUAUGGUGAUCAAAUGGAUAAUUACGUUGGUGUUGGAGAAACACUACUCUUGUCUAUGGUCAAUGGAUUAAUCUACGCUAUGUUUGCCUGCCAACCGCUGAUCAUCGUUGGAGCAACAGGCCCACUUAUGGUCUUUGACUUCAGUCUCUACAAGUUUUGUGAGUCGAAUGAUAUAGAUUUCUUGUCCAUAAGAGUCUGGAUUGGGGUCUGGAUGACUGUCGCUACACUAAUCAUUGCUGCCUUUGAAGGUGUAGUUAUUGUGAAAAAAUUCACCAGAUUUACAGAAGAAAUUUUCUCAUCCCUCGUGUGCCUUAUUUUCAUUUACGAGGCCAUUGCGAAACUUGUUGCUAUUUUUAUAGCUCAUCCCCUGCAGGCAACUUAUGGAGUAAUGGAUUCCAGCAAUAACUCUAUAAUGAGUGGCAUUAUUGAGAAUGGGACCCUUUUUAAUGUAACUGAUGGAAAUGGCACUGACAUUGAAGAUGCUGUUAUGUCAGUCGAAGCCCAGCCCAAUACUGCGCUCCUCUCUUUUAUUCUCACGAUGGGAACCUUCAUUAUUGCUAUCAAGCUGAAGAACUUCCGUAACUCUAAAUUCCUUGGCAGAAGUAUCAGAAGAGCUCUUGGUGAUUUUGGUGUGCCAAUCUCCAUUGUCUUGAUGGUUUCUUUAGAUUUCCUGAUUAAGGACACCUACACUGAGAAGCUCACCAUGCCCGCAGGACUCUCGCCUUCUAAACCUGAGGUCCGAGGAUGGCUAAUCAACCCGUUCGGUGCUAUUGACACCCUUCCAGUGUGGUGCAUUUUCGCUGCAGCUCCUGCAUCACUUUUGCUGUUGAUUCUUGUUUUCUUGGAAGGAAAUAUCUGCCAUCUCAUCUUGAACAAGCCUGAGAAGAAUAUGGUGAAGGGAACGGGCUUCCAUUUCGAUUUGGUUCUUUUUGGUGUUAUUAAUUUCGUUUCCGGCAUCUUCGGUGCUCCAUUCAUGGGCCCUGCUUGUGUACGAACAAUCUCUCAUGUAGCUGCUCUUACUGUUAUGAGCACUAAUCAAGCUCCUGGUGAAUCCCCAAAAGUUCAGGGGGUACAUGAACAAAGAAUCAGCGGCUUCAUUGUGUCCCUGUUGGUUGGAUUGGCAGUAUUCCUAACAGCUGCUCUUAACUUGGUGCCCAAAGCUGUAUUGUUGGGUAUUUUCUUAUACAUGGGAAUAUCAGCCACUGCUGGUAUUCAGUUCGUUGAACGUUCAAUGUUAUUCUUAAUGCCUGUCAAACAUCAUCCCAACGUCCCAUAUGUUAAGAAGGUCUUGCAUGGAGAAGUACAACUUGUCCGUACAUGGAAGAUGCACGCUUUCACUGGAUCCCAACUUGUCCUCCUUGGCGUAUUGUGGGUUGUUAAGCAGUCACCUGCAUCCCUUUGCUUCCCAUUUUUGCUGCUGCUUCUCAUUCCCAUUAGAUUAUUCCUUUUCCCCUAUGUUUUCACUGCCACAGAGCUCAAUGCUCUUGAUGGAACGGAGGCUAAUGCUGCCAUGAAUGAUGAAGAGCCUGACUUCUUCGAGGAGACUCACGGCUUACCAACUCACAUUAAUCAUGUCCACCAAAGCUGAGAAGUUCAAAAGCACCUGUGGGUUUUUUGAAAGUAGAUCUGUUGUGCAGCUGUUACACAGCUUAUACAUACAUUCCUUAAGUCUUCCAGCCAUUAUGUGACUGUAGAAAAUAUUUCAUUGAUUAUUAUUUUUAUUUUAUGCAAUUUUUUAGUGGAUACAAAGGGACUGUCAAUGAUCAAGGAUUUUGUAUAUGCCUUAAUUUCUACAUUAUGCAAGUCUUCCAAUAGUUUGUAUUUUAUAGCAGAUAAAGGCUCUAGUCAUGUAAAGUGCAAUUAAUUGCCUUUUAAAAUGAAAAAAAAAAAUUUAUGGAGAUAUUUCAUCUACGAUUUAUAUCUUCACUAGUUAUGACUGAAUCCAGAACACAAAAAUGAUUUAGCUUUUCCUGUGAUUUUUAGAAAAUUGCCUUUGAAUUUUUCACAACCCAUCUGGUUUGUAGAAGCUCUUGAGCAAUGUACAUUACCAUUGUUAUGUUUGAGGUCUAAACAGCCUAGCCUAUAAGCAGUAUGAUAAUGAUCAAUGUACAGUAGAGAUAAUCAAGGCUGUACAACAGAAAAUGUGAUAUGAAAGAACCAGGCACAGGUUGGCAUAAGUGAAUUUAUUCUUGUUGUUGUGACAAUAGUACAAGACUUGCCAUUCCAUUGUGUGGUGCUGAAUUGUGUAUACUCCGGGAUUGCUUACUUGAAUUUUCUUGGCAAGAAAAUGAAGGCUGUCAUGUAUGUGAGAAGUGACAUUAUAUGUGUGUGUGUAUACAUAUACAUAUUAUAUAUAUAUAUAUAUAUAUAUAUAUAUAUAUAUAUAUAUAUAUAUAUAUAUAUAUAUAUAUAUAUAUAUAUAUUAUAUGUAUAGGACUGUCAGUGCUCAAUUGAAGAUUUUAUUUGAAAUUGUCAAAUCAUAUAACAAGAUUCAGACAAUUGUAUUGUCUUGUUUCCAACUUGUUAUGUGACUGUAGGUAAGGCAAUAUUGUAAUUUGGUGCUCAUAUAUAUUGUAAGUAUAUAUUUAUUGAUGGAAGUACCAUUCUUAUGCAGUUAACAGAAGUUCAUUGUAAUUCAAAGCCCAAUUAGAUACAGAACUGCAUUGCAAUUAUUGACACUAGUUUUUCCAUUGGUGUUAAUCCUGGAUUCUCAAGGGCAGUAAUAUCUAUUUUUUUUAAUGUCCUAAAAGUGCUGAAAGGUUUAUAAAGUUUCCUAGUUCCUUUUCUUGAUUGCCAUAAAUAGUCUGGUUUUACAGUGUUUAAAAGUUUUAAAACUAUUUGAAGGGAAAAUAUGAGGGCAUAUGAGAAAGAUCACUGGUGAUCUUGGAUGGGGAGUAGACACAAAAGACCCCUUUUCAGACAAUGUCUAAAAGCUAUACAGUAUAUAAUUUUAUUAUCCCUAGCAAGUAUCUAGGCCCUGGUUAAACAUAAUUUGUAAGGUCUUGUUGUAGUAUUGGUGUGAUAUAUUUUUUUUUUAAUUUGCAUUAUUUACAAUUUUUACCUCCAAUACCAUCAGCUAGUAACUUAGUUGUAUGUUUUACUAUUAAUAGUUUUAGGUGUGCCAAAUAUUUUCCUAUAAUUGUUUUCAUGAGAAAAUUUGUCCACUACUAUGAUUUCAGACACUUAGACUGACCAAUACUCAAGUAAUGCCAUUUUUAUUUUUAACAUUUUAUGGUAUAUAGAAUAUAUAUAUAUCAGUUGAAAAUGAUUCCACAAAAGAUAUAGUGUGGAUAGUAUGAGGACAGCUUUGGAGGAAUUAUUUAUAAAAAUUCAAAAAGUUUAGUGUUGUCUAUUUCCUCUGAAAAACUGUUCAAUGUGCUUAAAGCUACCUAUGUAAGGAACAUAAACUGUGAUGUAGCACGAGUGUCCAUUUAUAUUGUAAUAUGCAGAAUCUGACGGUUAUAGUUAAUUAGAUUUUAUCAAAUUUGAUAAUUAUACACACCUUAUGUACAUAAUUAUUGAUAUUAAUCAGUCUCUUAAAAAUAUGGUAUAAUAAAAAUUGACUGGUGAA